AUGUCCGAUAAAUGUAACAAAGAAAUGUUUGUUACAUUAAUUGAAGAAAUGGAACAAAAGGAGGAUGUUGAAGAAAUAGCUUAUAUGAUUCUUGCAAAUAUUAAUCUAUGGGCAAACGACAUUCAUGAAGUCAACAAAAAGCUCGUUGCUGAUAAAAAACUUGAACCAAUUUUCACCACAAAUCCGAAUGAAUUGAAGGGAAAGAUUAUUAAUAUUUGCAUUAAAAAAGAUUCAAAUUUUGGCAUUGGUUACAUUGGUAUGAGAGGGACUUGUACAAAAAAUGAAUUCAUUCAAAUUGCAACAGUUGAUCCUGAAACUCCUGCUUAUAUCAGUGGUGCUCUACCCGGAGAUAUUAUUUGUAUUCUCGGCGCAAGAAGGGAAGAAGUUUAUAAAAUUUUGGAUUCCUUUUCUGUUGGUGACACUGUGAAUUUUCAGCUUUGUCGUGGCUAUGCCAUGCAAGAGACAGUGGAUAAUCGAAUUUAUAUAAUGCGCGGCAUUUCUAGCUGUUAUUUUUCAUUCAUCACUAGUCCAGCUUGGCAUUAUUUGUUGGUUGAUAAAGAUAAGAAAGAAGCUUUUCUUGGAAAAUGCAAGACGGGCAGCAUGGAUGUCGCAAAUUAUGGACAAAUUUUAUAUUCAGGAUGGGGUAAAGAUCCUCCACAGGACAUAAAAGAUAAACUUAACGAAGAAUAUGGGACUGGAUCUGACUAA